GAAAGACACCUUUAUCUGUAGAGAGAAAACACAAUGUGACUAAAUCAAACCAAAGACUAACAAAUCCUUUACCGAAAGUAAAGAUUGCUACAUUCUGGUUUGGGAUGAUAUCGUCUGGAAUUACGUAAUAGAGAGUGAAGUUGUGAACGUAGAUACCAGUAAGAGUGAUGUCAUCUUCCACAACAAUGUCAGCAGAAGUCACUCCAGACAGUGAAGAUCAUGGAGGUGGAGAGGUGAAUGCUGCUCCAAGAGAUCCUGACUGCUGUGGAAUUCACUGGGGAUAAACUGACUCCUUCUGGCUUAUCUGUAGUAACAAUCGAAAUACUACCGGGAAUUACUACAACAUGUGGCCAGGAAUGGUCGGCCAGAGUCUGGCCCAUGGAGGAGAGACAGGGAAAGCUCUGAGAGUGGACCUUCACCAGAGACCAGAGGAGACUCAACAUAAGUAGAUGGUACACCAUGGUACAUUGUGUCGAUUAAUGUUUUGCAAACGCGCAAGCGUAUGAUCUAUUACACGCUUUGCUGGUGGGUUACAAUGCACAUAUUAGGAGAUGAAACGAUGCCCACGAAAGUAAACAUAACUGCCCAAAAAAAACAAAUGUUUCUGUUGGGGUGUACAAACAGUAUUGACAUUCAUAAUGUAGCAAAAACAAUGUUCGAGGG